CCGGGGCUGGCUGUGCCGGGCCGCGGGGCGACCCUUCCCCUGCGCGGCCUCGUGGCGCGCCCCUGCCCGGCGCGGGGAUGCCUCACAGAACUGAGUUAUAUGAAGGUGUUCCACCAACUUGCUGGCCUAUCGUGUAUUCUCCAGACUACAACAUCACCUUCAUGGGACUGGAGAAACUACAUCCAUUUGAUGCAGGGAAAUGGGGAAAAGUAAUCAACUUCUUGAAAGAAGAAAAACUAAUUGGAGAUGACUUGAUUGUGCAAGCACGGGAGGCUACGGAUGAAGAUCUUUUGGUUGUUCACACAAGGCGCUACCUUAAUAAGUUGAAGUGGUCCUUCGUUGUGGCUACGAUCACAGAAAUUCCACCAGUCCUUUUUCUUCCCAACUUCCUUGUUCAGAGAAAAGUUUUGAAACCUCUGCGAACCCAGACAGGAGGAACAAUAAUGGCAGGAAAACUUGCUGUUGAUAGAGGCUGGGCAAUCAAUGUGGGAGGUGGUUUCCAUCAUUGUUCAAGUGACAAAGGUGGAGGAUUUUGUGCAUAUGCUGAUAUCACACUGGCUAUUAAGUUCCUAUUUGAAAGAGUACCAGGGGUGUCUAAAGCCACAAUUAUUGAUCUGGAUGCUCACCAGGGAAACGGCCAUGAGAGGGACUUCAUGAAUGAUCACAGAGUAUAUAUCAUGGAUGUGUACAAUAGAUUUAUUUAUCCAGGAGAUGGAUUUGCUAAACGUGCCAUAAAACGGAAGGUGGAGUUAGAGUGGGGUACAGAGGACACAGAAUACCUUCAGAAAGUACAUACUCAUGUGGAAGGAGCAUUAAAUGAAUUAAAACCUGACAUUAUAGUUUACAACGCUGGAACUGAUAUUCUGGAUGGCGAUCCGUUGGGAGGACUUGCUAUUUCACCUCAGGGAAUUGUGAAGAGAGAUGAAGUCGUGUUCAAGGCUGCCAGAAGCCGUGGAAUCCCAAUUUUGAUGGUGACAUCUGGAGGCUACCAGAAGAGGACUGCCCGCAUUAUUGCUGAUUCUAUCCUCAACUUGCACAACCUGGGGCUUAUUGACAAGGACCUAGCAACCAGUGGAGCUGAAAAUCCUAAGGUAGAACAGAUGAUUAGGGACUCUGUAACAGACUUAACCAAUUUAUCACUGCAGUGAUGGUUAAUAAGUUUUUUUUUCCUUAAAUUUGGCGUUUUAGGAGCAGGAAGUUUCCAAGGUUAAUAUAAGAAAUUCACAAAGGACUGAGCUUGCCUGUAAAAUAACCUAGUAUGGACAGCACACAGUUGCAGAUUAGCUGUGUUUAACUACUGAAGCUGUCCAGAGCAAAGGCAACAAAUCCUUCUGUGCUAAU